AUGAGUCCCCACAGUGUUGCUGGUUGGAACGUGUUACUCUACACAACUCACCACAGUUUUGCUGGUUGGACCUUGUUACUCUACAUGAGUCCCCACAGUGUUGCUGGUUGGACCUUGUUACUCUACAUGAGUCCCCACAGUGUUGCUGGUUGGACCUUGUUAUUCUACUUGAGUCACCACAGUGCUGCUGGUUGGACCAUGUUAGUCUACAUGAGUCACCUCAGUGGUGCUGCUUGGACCUUGUUCCUCUACGUGAGUCCCCACAGUGUUGCUGAUUGGACCGUGUUAGUCUACAUGAGUCACCACAGUAAUGCUGCUUAA